ACCAACCCAUAAAUUAAAUAAAAACUUGAUUAAAAGGCGAGGGGGGACCUGACCAAGCCUUCCCUUCUCAUUCCGCUUUAUCUUCUUCUUCUUCUUAAUCCUUCCUGGGAUUUCUAGGGUUUCUUUCAUGGAUCCUGGCACUGUACCAAGCUUUGUCAUUUCAUGAGCUUUCGUUGAUUUCCUUCUUGACCGGAUCAUAUCAAAUCUCUUAAUGGAGGUUCUGGAGAUGGAUGAAGCAAAGAAACCUGAAGUGCAUAUGACAUCAGCUGCGGCAUUUGUGGAGGGGGGAAUCCAGGACUCAUGUGAUGAUGCAUGCAGCAUUUGCCUCGAAGAGUUUUGUGAAAGUGAUCCCUCAACGGUGACUAAUUGCAAGCAUGAGUUCCAUCUUCAGUGCAUCCUUGAAUGGUGUCAGAGAAGCUCUGAGUGUCCCAUGUGUUUGCAAUCCAUUAGUCUUAAAGAUCCCACCAGUCAAGAAUUGUUUGAGGCUGUAGAACGGGAGAGGAAAAUCAGGGCUGCUCCUUCAAGAAAUGCUACUAUUUUUCAUCAUCCUACACUUGGGGAUUUCGAGUUGCAGCAUCUACCAGUUGGUGUGAGUGAUUCUGAACUUGAGGAGCGUAUAAUCCAGCACCUGGCUGCUGCUGCUGCUAUUGGAAGGACUGGCCAAUUGUGAAUGCAGGAAUUGCAACUGUAUCUCGUAUGAUGGAGCGCCUUGAAACCAGAGAUAACAGUGGAGACAACCAAGUUUCUGUGUCAAAUCAUUUGACUGAUCGCUCCAAUGUGGAGAGGAGCAACCAGAAUAAUGCUGUGACUCACAUGGAGAGCCCAUUAAAUGAAGGAAGUACACCAGCUGCUUGUGCUGCAAGUUCAGCAUCUACUUAAGUUAAAGAGUUUCUUCAGAAAUUACAUCUGUCCUCGGCAUUUCAUCUUUAAAGUUUUCAGGUUGUGACCUCUUUCACUCCAAAUAUGACAUGCUGAGGAGAAGAUGCUGUGUAUCACAAAGCAGAGGAUGAGCUUUCACCUGAAAUUGAAUAAAAAGGUAAGAAAGAGUAAGUCUUUAGAAACAACUUCCAUGUGGACAGAUAUACAUUGGGUAUAUGUAUGUAAAUUUGUUUUGUAACCCAGAUUUGUUUCAAAGCUAAAGCCAGAACAUCCCACGAGGAAAUUGUAUUCGAGCUAUAUGUAUUAUGCCUGGAUGGUUGGAUUUUCGUACAAGCAGAACACUAAUACAUCUAUCUAAUCAUGCAUUGAAAUGUUAGAACCCAGGCCUUUUAAAGGAAAAUUACUGGUUUGCAU